AUGGACGCCAUCGCUGGGAAUGUUUUUCAGGGACUGACUUCUUUGGCUCUUGAAGAGUUCAAAUUGCUGUGGAAUGCUAAACAUGAUGCAGAAAGCAUGAAGAACACGAUCCUUGCCAUCAGAGCCACACUGUUGGAUGCGGAGGCAAAGGCCAACAAUAACCAUCAAGUCAGCUUUUGGCUUGCUAGACUGAAAGAUGUCCUCUAUGAUGCGGAUGACCUGCUUGAUGAUUUGUCCACUGAAGCUUUGAGGAGGGGAAUCAUGACUCCAAACAGCGUGGCAAAGAAGGUACGGAUCUUCUUCUCAAAAUCAAACCAAGUUGUUUAUAGUCUUAAGAUGGCUCAUAAAUUGAGGGAAGUCAGGGGAAGGCUAGACGAAAUUGAUAAUGACAAGAAACAAUUUCAUUUGAUUGAUCACCCUGUUAAGCCUCUACCUGUACUUGAGCAACGAAAGCAAACGUACUCUUUUGUGCAAGAAGAUGAAAUCACUGGGAGAGAAGAGGAAAAAGAUUUGAUUUUACGUUGUUUGUUAGACAGUAAUGUGAAAUCUAGUGUUUCUGUUAUUCCCAUUGUUGGAUUUGGGGGGUUAGGCAAGACUACCCUUGCUCAGCUUGUAUACAAUCAUGUACAUGUUCAAAAAUAUUUUGGGUUGAAAAGGUGGAUAUGUGUGUCUGAUGAAUUUGAUGUCAGACGAAUAGCUCUAAAAAUUUUAGGACAAGAAAGUCAAAAAGAGAUGGAGCAAGUGCAACAAGACUUUAGACAAUUAAUAGAGGGAAAGAAGUUUUUCAUUGUGUUAGACGAUGUUUGGAAUGAAGAUGUUGAGAUUUGGCAUAAGUUGAAAUGUUUAUUAACCAUGGGAGUGAAGGGGAGCAUGAUCAUUGUUACCACACGUAGUGAGAAGGUGGGAAAGAUGAUGGGCACAUAUCCGCCUAUUAUUCUUAAAGGCUUAGAUGGUGAAAGAUCAUGGAAGUUGUUUUGCAGAGUGGCUUUUGAAGGGGGUAGAGAGUCAAAUGAUCAGGAGUUGGUAGAAAUUGGCAAGGAGGUUGUAAAGAAAUGCGCAGGAGUUCCUCUUGCUAUUAGAGUUGUUGGAAGUCUUGUGUAUGAUAAAACUUUAGAAGGAAUAGAUCUGUCAUACUUAAAGAAUUGUGAGCUUUGGAACAUAGAACAGUUGGAGGAAAGAAUCUUUGCCGUGCUUAAACUCUCUUAUGAUCAUCUUCCUUCAGCCAUGAAAAAUUGUGUUGCUUUUUGUUCAUUGUUCCCAAAAGAUUUUGAAUUCAAGAAGCAAACACUAAUUCAAAUGUGGGUGGCUGAAGGAUUCAUUCAAUUAACUAAUAAGAUGAGGUGUGAGGAAGAUGUUGGGAAUGAGUAUUUUAUGAAUCUACUUUCAAGAUCCUUCUUCCAAGGUGCCACAAGAGAUGAUUAUGGUGAUAUAAAUGCAUGCAAAAUGCAUGACCUCAUUCAUGAUUUAGCACAUUUUGUAGCAAAGGAUGAUUAUCUUCUGAUUAAAGAAGAAAAAACAGAGAGUUCUAAAGACGCAACACGUCAUUUGUCAUAUGAUGUGCCAAGAAGAGUUUGGAGAGUUCCAACUUCCUUACUCAAAUUUGAAAAAUUAAGAACAAUGCUUUUGCUUGCGCAUAUUUUUCCGUGUCGAAUGGAUCACUCUCUUUUUUAUUUGGUUGCAUCAAAAUUAAAAUUCAUACGUGUUCUGGGCUUACGUAGGUCGAACAUCACUGAAAUUCCUGAAAGUAUUGGAAAAUUGAAGUAUCUGAGAUUUCUUGAUCUUUCAGCCAAUCAUUUCAAGCAGGUCCCAAGAACUAUUACUAGACUCCACAACUUGCAGACCUUAAACCUCAGUUCUAAUGCUGGUCUUCGGGAAUUGCCAAGGGGCAUCAAUAAAUUGGAUAUGCGCAGGAGAAGGGCAAGUGCAAGGAUAAGUGAAUUGGGUGAGCUUAACAACUUGAGAGGGACUCUGAAAAUAAGAGGGCUAAAACACCUGAGGUCAAAUCCUACAGAGGCAGAGUCUGCAAGGUUAAUGGAGAAGCAACAUCUUCAAGAGUUAUUUUUGUCUUGGGACACAUUCUCCUCUAAUUGUGAGUUAUCUAAAGAUAAUUCUGAUGAAUUCAUUUUAGAAAGGCUUCGUCCUCAUCAUGCCAUCAAAUUUCUAUGCAUUGAUGGAUUUUCUGGAGAAAGGCUGCCAGACUGGAUUGGAACUCUCUUGAAACUGCAACAUCUUCGACUCUGGAAUUGUAGGAAUUUGAUAUCACUUCCUGAAGGCCUUCGUCAUCUCAGAUCAUUACGAACAUUUAAGAUAAACGGAACGCCAUUGUUGGAUAGAAGAUGCCAACACAAAAGUGGUGAUGAAUGGCAAGAAAUUGCUCAGUUCAAAUUGCUGUGGAAUGCUAAAGAUGAUGCAGAAAGCAUGAAGAACACGAUCCUUGCCAUCAGAGCUACACUGCUGGUUGCAGAGGCAAGGGUCAACAAUAACAAUCAAGUCAGCCUUUGGCUGAAGAGAUUGAAAGAUGUCCUCUAUGAUGCAGAUGACCUGCUUGAUGAUUUGUCCACUAAAGCUUUGAGGAGGGGAAUCAUGACAAGAAACAAGGUGGCAAAGAAGGUACGGAUCUUCUGCUCAAAAUCAAACCAAGUUGUUUAUAACUUUAAGAUGGCUCAUAAAUUGAGGGAACUCAGGGGAAGGCUAGGUGAAAUUGAUAAUGACAAGAAACAAUUUGAUUUCUUUGACGACCCUCCUAAGCCUUUACCUGUACUUGAGGAACGAAAGCAAACAUAUUCUUUUGUGCUAGAAGAUGAAAUUAUUGGGAGAGAGGAGGAGAAAAAUAAGAUUUUACGUUAUUUAUUAGACAAUAAUGUGAAAUCUACUGUUUCAAUUAUUCCCAUUGUUGGAUUUGGAGGGCUGGGCAAGACUACACUUGCUCAGCUUGUGUACAAUCAUGUGGAUGUUCAAAAACAUUUUGGGUUGCGAAGGUGGGUAUGUGUGUUUGAUGAAUUUGAUGUUAGACGAAUAGCUCUAAAGAUUUUAGAGCAAAAAAGUUGA